AUGUUCAGGACCGCCAUCCUCCGCUCCGCCCGCGGCGCUGCCCGCUCUGCCGCCCGCUGGCAAGCCCCAAUUGCCCGCCCGGCCGUCCCUGCCCUCCGCGUUCAGUCCAGACAGCAGCUCCCCGCCGUGUGCUUCCAGGCCGUGCGUUGCUACUCUGCCGGCGGCGCUCUCAACCAGGAGGAGAUCCAGGGCCGGAUACUGGACCUGCUGAAGAACUUUGACAAGGUCCAGGAUGCGUCCAAGCUGUCGCCUACUUCGCACUUCUCCAACGACCUCGGUCUGGACAGCCUGGACACCGUUGAGGUGGUUAUGGCCAUUGAGGAGGAGUUCAGCAUCGAGAUACCCGACAAGGAUGCCGACCAGAUUCACAGCGUUGACAAGGCAGUGGAGUACAUCCUCAGCCAGCCCGAUGUCGCACUGCGUAUGGCCACCUCAGCUUCAGGCUUGACGCGCCGCCGGGGCGCAGGCGCGGGCGCGGGCGCAAACGGCGACAACGACAACGACGGCAGCCGCGUGAGCUCGCCGGUGCCGCGCCGCAACGAUGACGGCCCCGGAACCUCCUACGAAAGCUCGGAGAAUGGCCACAAGAUCGCCUUCGACCCGCGAGACAUCAGCGAGAGCGCCGAGCGGAGCAAGCAGCCCAAGCUCACGCUCAUGGAGGAGGUGCUGCUCAUGGGGUUGAAGGACAAGCAGGGCUACCUCUCUUUCUGGAACGACAACAUCUCCUACGCCCUCCGCGGAUGCAUCGUCAUAGAGCUGGCCUUCAGGGGCCGCAUAAGCAUGCAAAAGGAUUCGUCGCGGCGGCGCUUCCCCCUCGCGGAUCGCGUCAUCGAGGUCAUAGACGACACGCUCACCGGCGAGGUGCUUCUGGACGAAGCCUUGAAGAUGAUGAAGUCGAGCGAGCCGAUGAGCGUGGCCUCCUGGAUUGACCUCAUGAGCGGCGAAACAUGGAACCUCAUGAAGAUUGGUUACCAGCUCAAGCAGGUCCGCGAGCGCCUGGCCAAGGGCCUCGUCGACAAGGGCAUCCUCCGCACCGAGAAACGCAACUUCCUCCUCUUCGACAUGGCCACCCAUCCCGUCGCCGACGGCGGCGCAAAGGACGAGAUCCGGCGCCGCGUCCGCAACCUCCUCACCAACAGAACCGUCGUCCUCCCUCCGAGCCAGUUCCUGCCCGAAGAGAUGGACUUUAGGUACCUGCGCACCAUUUCCAUGGUCUGCGCGGCUUACGCGGCCAACGUCCUGGAGAACGCAUUGUCGACGCUGGGCCACGAGGCACGAGAACGGGCCUUUGCCCAGGUCGACGAGUUGCUGGCCGAGUAUUCCCAGUGGCCGUUCGCCCGACGCGCCGGGGGUUCGGGAGGCAUAGGAGCCAACCUGGGGCAGGUGAUCUCAGAGGAGGUGAACAACAACAAGGAUAAGGAAUUGCAGCUCGAGGUGGUCGCUGCUUGCUUGAGCGUCUUCACAAGGCUGGAUUCUUUGCUAUAA